GGAUGACGCGCGAGGCGCGCGACGGGCGGGGCGGCGGGGCCCGGAGCACCUUGAGUGAUGCCCAAGAAGUUCCAGGGGGAAAACACCAAGUCGGCUGCUGCCCGAGCGAGGAAAGCCGAGGCCAAGGCAGCGGCCGAUGCCAAGAGGCAGCAGGAGCUGGAAGAUGCUUACUGGAAGGAUGAGGACAAACACGUGAUGAGGAAGGAGCAGAGGAAGGAGGAGCGGGAGAAGCGGCGGCUGGAGCAGCUGGAGCGCAAGAAGGAGCUGCAGCGCCUGCUGGAGGAGGAGGACUCCAAGCUCAAAGGGAAGUCACCCAAGCAGGCCACUCCAGGGAAGGUCACCAGGGCCCAGAUCGAGGAGACAAUCAGGAAAGACCAGCAGCAGAAGGAGAACGCGGAUACAGCGGAGAAGACUCACCUGGAAGUCCCCUUGGAGGAGAACAUCAACAGGAGGGUGCUGGAGGAGGGCUCGGUGGAGGCCAGGACCAUCGAGGAUGCCAUCGCUGUCCUCAGCGUGGCCAACGAGGCGGACAGACACCCCGAGCGCCGCAUGAAAGCCGCCUUCAGCGCCUUCGAGGAGCUGCACCUGCCCCGCCUGAAGCAGGAGAACCCCAACAUGCGCCUGUCCCAGCUCAAGCAGCUCCUCAAGAAGGAGUGGAUGAAGUCCCCGGAGAACCCCAUGAACCAGAGGCACAAGGCCUACAACAGCCACAAGUAGAACUCGAGCUGCUCCUGCGUCCCCCCCCCCCCUGCCCCGGACUGCUCGCAGUGGAAGCAGGAGACACGAGGAGCCUCCUCUCCUUUGGCUUCCCUUCCCUGUCCCCGCUUUCUCCUCGGAUUUAAGAGAAGCACGAGGCCACCGCCCACCCGGGGACACUCCCGUGUCCCCCCCGGACAGACUAACGCCACCUUCACCUUCCCAAAUCCGGGCGUUCCCUGACAAAACCAGCUACUAACUCACUUUCAGACCUCCAGCAGGUCCAGGUGGGGACCUCCGUGGUGGCCACCCCCUCCCAGACUGUCCCUGUCCCCGCCCUCGUGCUCCGCAGGGGGAUUUUGGGACCAUCCCGUGGAAGGCACCUGCUCCCUGCUCCCAGUGCCAUCCUUGGGGUGUCCCGAAGAGAUUCCAGACUGGGAUUGCUGUUCCUCCAGCUGCCUCUCUCCUCUCGAUCUCAGCCCCAGCGGGAGCAGGAGGGUGGGGAAGAGGGAAAACCACCUUCUCUCCAGGAGGAAUGGGAGAAAUCCCAGCCCAGCGUGGUUCCUGCCUCCUCUGGGCAGGGCACUGGUGCCAGGCUGCUCCGGGGGACAUUCCCAGUGCCCCUGGGCAGCUGCUGGUGGCACAGGAGGGUUCCCGGAGGGGCUGCAACCCGAAAUCCACCCUGACAAGGGAAGCUGCUGCUUCUCCCAUCCCUUCUUCCCGUGCCUGAUCCCGGGCUCAGGCCGGAAGGUGCCGUGUGGGCCUUUGGAAAGGGAGGUGACACCGACCCCCUGUGCCACCUCUGCUGCCCUCGGGGUCCCUGUGCUGGCCCAGGCAGGAGGAAUGGGAUGAGCUCCUGUGGGAAUGUGAGAUCUGUGAGCUCCCUUGGGAUGUGCUCCCUUGGGAAUGCCAGGUGAGAUCCACGGGCUCCCUUGGGAAUGCCGGAGAGGUUUAGUCCCGGAGCCACAGCACAGUCCUGCCCUCACCUCCAGCAGCCACUGGGUUUUCCUCUCUUUCCUCUGUUUUCCCAUCUCCUGGGCUCCUUUGGGAGUGAAAUUCCUUCUCCAAGGAAUUCCUUCCAGCGGCUCCACGGCCUGGGGGUGUCACACUCCUGGCUCCACAUCCCACUGGCUUCUUCCCACGGGAUUAAAGCAGACUCAUCCCAAGCCGGGGUGAGCCUUUGAAGCCGAGCCCCCCACGGCCAUUCUGGGGCUCCCCCCAGCCCUCUGCACCCCCCUAAAGGAGCUGGGCUGGCCAGUGCCCCCCCUGCACCCCCAGACCCAGCCAGGGAGGAGUGACCCCCCCCGGUCCCCUUUCUGUGAGAGUUUGUUGUGUUUGAACCCAAUUAAAAAUCAAAAAACACCCCCAAAA